AUGGCAAUGUCUUGCAUCAGAAGAAACUCAUCCUCCAUCCUCCAGCUAAUUAUUGUGAUUAUAAUCAUCACCCCUUUGUCUUCUUCCUUUUCUCCUACAGACAUCGUCACAAAAGACCUCCUCGACAAACUCUGCUCACAAACAACUCGUCACCGCUUCUGCGUCAGAUGGCUAACCGCAGAUACUACAACGACCUCAAUGAACAUUCAUGGCCUUAUGGAACUCACAGUCGAAAAAACUCGAGCGCUUGGUCUGAACAACCUAGCACUGAUGAACGACUUCGCAAGAGGCGCAGGCAAUGACAAGCAGCUCAAGAGCGCUUACGAGUCAUGUGCGGAGAGUUAUGGCAUAGCGAUCAAAGAGCUUGAAGGAGCUAAAGAGUUUUUGAGGAAUAGCUCUUUCCAACAAGCAAUCUGGGCUGCUUCCAAAGCACUUACUUAUGCUUUAGCAUGCAAAGAUCAGUUCGAAGGACCUUCUAAUGAGCCGCCUCUUGUUUUGAACCGUAGUGAGAAGUUUAUUACAAUGUGUCAUAUUGCUAGCGGUUUCACGAUGCUUUUCCAUUAG